AUGAUGUCAGAAGGAAUUGAAGAAGCUGAUCCAAUUUCAGAGGCAGUUGGAUUUAUCGAAAAAAUAUUACAAAAUAAUGUUGAUGCACAAUACCAAGGAUUAAAAGGGUUGAUGCUGUGUACAACGGUUCAUGUAGUAGAUCUAUUCAAGAAUCCAUCGUUUUACUAUCACGUCAAGAGGCAUCCAAACCACAAGCAAACACAUAUACAUAUGAGUCCCAAUCACGGUCGAUCACCCGUAUCACCACCCUCAUCGACUCAAUCCUCUCCAGCAUCAUCACCCACCUCUUCACCCGUCGAUCCAUGUAAUCAAGUAUCACCCAACACCAAAUACACCGAUAUUGAUCUAGACAAGUACACCAAAAAGAGAAAGAGUACCAUUCAAUCUCUACUCGAUCUAUGUCUAUCCGAAACUAAAAAGAUUCAAACCUCUGCUCUUAGAUUAGUUUGGCAUUUAUCUGCUCAAGCCGACUUGAAAGUAUUAUUAUAUGAAGAAGGAGUAUUGGAUAGAUUAAAACAAAUACAAUCAAGUGAUUAUUUAUUGACAAAGGAUGAAGUGGAUAAUAGAGCAAAUGGUGAUGUAGCCAACAUGUCUAUUUUAAAACCAUUGAUUCUAUUCGCGAUUCUCUUUCUAGGUGACAGAGUAUUUUCGGGGAAUCCAGCUACCCUAUCUGUGUUUAAUACACUAAAAUCAACAGAGCUGAAUUUUACAACACAAUAUAGAAAUUUUUAUUUUUCGCUUGGUCAGCCAUCUAAAACUUGUAUUGCAAAUGGUUUUCCCAAUUCCUUUGCAUGCCAAAAGACUGAUACUGCCUAUUAUUCUCUUGGUGAAUCGGUGAUUGGAGAUUGGAAUGUGACCGUAGGCGCUUCCGGUUUUGGUUUUAGUGCAAAUUAUUCAUCAUCAGGUGUUUGUACUGGGUCAAUAAAAAGAAAACUAAAUGUUCAAAUCUUGUGUAGUGGCAGUAGCAUAGCAAUGACUGCCACAGAAGAUCCCAUGUGUCAAUACUGGUUUUCAAUUUCAUUUCCAAACUGUUCAAGCUUCUUUACCGAAUCUCAAAAUUCAACUGCUCAAUGUGGUUCCGUAACUGCGGAGGGUGAAUACUCCCUGGCUCCGUUGGCAUUAAUACAUCUACCCAAGUAUGAUUUAAAGAUUAAUAUUUGA